CCUCCGCUGGGCCUGGCUUUGGUUUCCGUGAGGGGAAUUUCCUCAGGAUUGUUUGUGGCCGACAUGGAAGGCUCCGUUCUCGGGGUUCGGCGCUCUCCGGCGUCCUGCGAGGGAGAGGGAGGCCGCGCCAUGGAACCGUUAUUCCCUCGGCCUCGCGUUGAGGGAGGAGGCUGGCUUUGAGAGAGAAAGCGGGGGGAGAAGGGCGGCUGUGUGGAGGAGGCCUCGUUGCUCAUGAAGGCGGAUAUUUUUUUUCCGUCAGGAGGAGGGGAGAGAAAGCAAGGCCUCGCUCAGCCUGGGGCGUCGAGUAGAUAGAGUGCCCGGCUCCCCUCGGCCUCCUGCUCGGCCCCCAGCAGCCGCACUUGUUUUAGAUUGUUGACCAGGUCAGAGGGUAUGGUGGCAAACAGCAAGAAUACAGCACAUUUGCAAAUAUGGCGAAUAAAGUUAAGCCUCAGAAAGAGAAUGCUUUGGAUUCCAAAGAUGUUUCUGAUAAUAAACAAAAAGAAGAAGCAACUCGGCUGGACAACAGUGAGCAGCAAAUGCAGGAACCUCUACCAAAGACAGAAGAAACAAAAGAGACUCCAGGAAAACUGAGGCAAAUAUGUGCUUGUCCUCCACAAGGCUGUCUUGCUUCAUUGGUAACAAAUGUGGCAACAGUAGUGCUAUUCUGGGCUGUGACUUGGACUCUUUCUGGUGAUGAAAGUCUUCCUGGUAGAAAUAUUUUUGGACUUAUAUUCAUCUAUUCCUUUUCUGUGUUGGGUGGAAAACUUAUGGUGCUUAUUAAAAUACCGAAUCUACCUCCUCUCCCUCGCCUUCUUGGUAUGUUGCUUUCUGGAUUUCUCAUAAGAAACAUCCCCUUCACCAAUGAGAUAGUUAAGAUCGAUGUGAAAUGGGGAUCUGCCCUGAGAAAUAUUGCCCUCUCGAUUAUCUUGGCGCUUGCUGGACUUGGCCUUAACCCAGAGGCUCUGAAUAAGUUAAAAGCCGUCUGUUUCAGACUAAGCUUGGGGCCCUGCAUCAUUGAAUCGUGCUCAGCAGCUGUAAUCUCUCACUUUCUUCUGGGCCUGCCAUGGGAGUGGGGGUUUAUGUUCGGAUUUGUUUUAGGUGCGGUGUCUCCUGCUGUUGUUGUCCUUUCAAUGCUGGGGUUACAGGCCAGAGGAUAUGGUGUUGACAAAGGCAUCCCAACCUUGUUGAUAGCUGCAGGAAGCCUAGACGAUAUUGUAGCCAUCACAGGCUUCAACACCUUCUUAGGCAUGGCCUUUUCCACAGGCUCUACCUUCAAAAGUCUUCUACAUGGUUUAAUGGAAGUUGCAAUUGGUGCAGGAGCUGGUAUACUGCUAGGAACUUUUAUCUGCUUUUUUCCAAGCAGAGAUGAGAUACAUCUUGCAUGGAAAAGAACAUUCUUUAUAAUGGGCCUAGCUAUGUUUAGUCUUUUGGGCAGCAGGUAUUUUGAUAUUCAUGGAUCUGGAGGACUCUGCACAGUUGUUUUGGCAUUUCUAGCUGGAAUAGCUUGGGCUGAACAGAAGAAUGCUGUGGAAGAACUGGUUGCGAUUGCCUGGUCUAUUUUUCAACCCUUUCUGUUUGGUUUAAUUGGAGCUGAAAUAUCUGUUGUCUCUCUCAACCCUAAAAUGGUUGGGCUUUGUUUGGCCACUCUGGCACUGGCUUUGACAGCGCGACUUCUUGCUACUUUUCUAUUGGUAACUGCUUCUGGUUUUGAAUUCAAGGAGAAAGUAUUUAUUGCGCUGGCAUGGAUCCCCAAAGCAACUGUUCAGGCUGCAAUUGGUUCUGUUGCCUUAGAUACAGCACGACAACACAAAGAUGCAACACUAGAACAAUAUGGCCUGAGCAUCUUGACAGCAGCUUUCCUGGCAAUCUUGCUCACAGCUCCAACUGGAGCUCUUAUAAUUGGCCUGGCCGGCCCCAAGCUUCUCCACCAGACUCGUCCAGACAAUGCAGAUGUGAAAAGAAUACAAAGUAUAAUAGCUUCACCAGUAUAGAGAAGUAUCAAUAGGUGACCAACUGUCACCUAGUUGAUAAUUCCAGGCUUUCUCGGAAUCACGGUGUUCUAUAGUGGCAUUAUGCCAGGUGCAUUACUGAAACAGUAAACCAACAGAGUAAAUGACGAUACAGUUAUGUUAAAUCUUCAUCCAGGCUUAUCUACAUCGUUGGGAUGGGUUUUUUGAAAGAAAGUAUCUACAAGUACAAUGGAUAAUUUAGCUAUAUAACAUUGUCUUCUGAAAUAUAUCCUUGGCCUGAUUCAAAAAUAUGAGUACCAGCUGGAGAGGAGAAAACAUUCAAGACAGUUUCUUGAAGUAUAGCUGGGAACUGUUAUUGGAGCAGCUUUAUGUAGGAACAGUACCAGAAGUAAAUAACUAAGAGUGAGGUCAUGGAUUUUGGGAUAGAUGGACAAAAGUCUCACUAAUUUCUGUACAAUGAACAAAGUGACUAUGUGCUGUCAAAUGAGUGUACAUUCACACAGUCAUUGCUACAAGUCUGUACUAGAAGUUUUCCUAAAGCACAGGCAGAGAGACUAAAACAGACAAAUAUUUGGAUUUUGCACAGAAAUGCUGAUCAGCUUUGUCAGUUUUAUCUUCUAGUUCCAAGUACUGAGCAUUAGACUAAUGUAGCUAACACUGCAAAAAAAAUCAUAUCCUUAACUAUCUCCAGUUAUUUCUGUACUCACUUUAUAAAACCUCAAACAUGGAAAGUCAUGGUAAAAUGUCUGCAGCAGUACAUCCCAUCCUCAGGUUGAUCUUUCAUCUCCCAAAUAAUGAGUUGGGUCACUGAACAGACAUUGGUGAUUUUUAUUUUUUGGUUCUUUUAUGAGUGUAGACACAGAGCAGAAAUCAUUGGCCAGGGCAUCAGGGGAAGAUAAUAUCAGAUGGACAGUUGUGAUCCUACUGGCAACCAUUCAUAUGAGUAUUCAUCAAAUGUGUUGUUCCAAGUUUUUUUGUUUUUAGUGAAAGCUGGUGGCACUGAUGUGAGUGAGAUGGCAAUUCAGCUCUGUGCUAUUCAAGUUGUAAUAGCACCUUUAAGGUUCAGUCUAAAACCCAGAGUAGCCUCACUACUCUACUGAUAUCAAAGCCAGCAACCACCACUAAUUUCUUUUUUGAGUGUAAACAUGCUCAGUGUUUAAAUGGUGGCAAAGCACAAGUCAAAAACUACAAAUGAACCUUAAUUCUGCCUAUCAUACCUGAUUGUGGUAAAGCACUGUUUUAACAUUUUAUGAGUCCACUGUAGCACUGUGUGAUUUGGAGCGUUAUUGCAUGAGAAAAGAAAGACAAAACAGAUCAGGAGAGUAGCAGUUUUUUCCUUGCCUCCCCGCAUGCUGUCACAGCACUUCUCCUUCCUGAGGGAAACAGUCAUAAAAGCAUGCCUCUUGCCAAACAGAUUUUCGAGCACGACAAAAGACACUUCCAUUUCCCUCUGGAAGGGAAUGGAAUGCUUUUAUAUGGCAUGCAAAGAGGCAUGGAAAAACCACUACUCUCCUGAUCUGCUUUAGCUCUUACGCAAUAAGGCUCUAAGAGGAUAGCAUCCCUGGGCUACUGGGUAUGACAAACUGCUGUUUCCCUUGUUUUCAUUAAAUUGUUUUAAAAUGGUUUCAUAAUGCCAUGCCAAAGGGCACUAAAAAAGAGAUCCCUGCGGUACAUUUGUUAACCCAACCACUUUUAAGGAAGCUUUAAAAUACAGCUAUUGGAAAGUUUCCUUUUUAAAAAAAAUACCCAGUAAUUUUUGCUAUUACUGCUUUCAUAGGCUUGCUAUAGAUGUCCUUAGAAAUGCCAAUUAUUUAAAAAAAAAUUCCUGUUCCAAAAUGUUUCACCAGGGGGAGCAAAAGUCCCAAACAUGGUUUAUUUUCCUCCAUUUUAGUUCUGGGGUAUCUUAAGUCUUUUCUGUACAUUCAGGUCUGAAUUAUCUUUGGCAUUGUUUAUAUACAUUUAUCUAUUUUAAACAGAGGAAGAUCCCCAAAAUCAGGGUCAAACUUAAUCUUUCUACAACUUCAGUCUUUGUGAGGUACAAAAGUGGCAUUGUACCAGGCUGCUGAAUCACACUGAAGUUCAGCUAUCAGUCGAAUGGAAGGCACCAUGUCACUGCAGCAGACUGCAAAUACCCUCUUUUGUUGAAGUGCCUUCUAGCUGGGAAUUCUUUAAAAGGCUGCACUCUUUAUUGUAUAUCACUAGCAAAUGACCUGGAACUGAAUUUAUUUUUUCCUUUUGUUAUUUCUAGUUCAUGAUUGAUUUGAUAUUGAUCAAUAUAUGCAUAAAUAUUUCAAAAAAUAAAGUUUUGAUAAGAC